CGGACUUAACCAAAAUGCACCGCCACCGAGUACCCUCAAACCGAGUCCUGUAAUACACCAGGACUCGGAAACGACCUCGUUCUCGGCGGUUGGGGUAUCUCUGACUUGUCUUUGGAUAAAGCAAUGGAGCGGGCUCGUGUUCUCGACUACGACCUCCAACACCAUGUGGCCCCCCCCAACAUGGCUCAGAUCAAACCCCUCCCUUCCAUCUACUACCCUGACUUCAUCGCUGCAAACCAAGAAGCCCGCGCGGACAACCUCAUCUCAGGCUCCGACAAGCAAGCCCAUCUCGAGCAUAUUCGUGCCGAUAUUCGCAAGUUCAAGAAGGACAACGGCCUUCACCGCGUCGUCGUCUUCUGGACUGCCAACACCGAACGCUACAGCGACCUCAUUCCCUGUGUCAACGACACUGCUGACAACAUGAAUGCAAUCAAGAUCUCUCACCCAGAAGUUUCCCCCUCUUCCGUCUUCGCUGUCGCUGUGAUCCUUGAGGGCGAACCCUUCGUCAACGGUGCUCCCCAGAACACCUUCGUGCCAGUCGGCCAGACCAAGCUCAAGUCCGUCUUGGCCGAGUUCCUCGUCAAUGCUGGUAUCAAGCCGUUGUCCAUCGCGUCGUACAACCAUCUUGGUAACAACGAUGGCCACGACCUCUCUGCGGAGAGGCAGUUCAGGAGCAAGGAGAUCAGCAAGAGCAGCGUUGUGGAUGAUAUGGUUAACGCAAACAGGUUGUUGUUCAAGGCUCCUCAGGCGGGCGUGGAGGGUAAGGGUGAGCACCCCGACCAUGCUGUGGUUAUCAAGUAUGUCCCUGCUGUCGGCGACUCCAAGAGGGCCAUCGACGAGUACUACUCUGAGAUAUUCUGCGGUGGUCGGUCGACUAUCAAUACCUUCAACGAAUGCGAGAAUUCCCUCCUUGCUACGCCUUUGAUCCUCGACUUGGCUGUCCUCACGGAGCUCCUCACUCGCGUCAAGUACCGCAAGGCCGAGUCUGGCGAGUUCCAGCCUCUCUACAGCGUCCUCUCGUUGCUCUCGUACAUGCUCAAGGCGCCGCUCGUCAAGCCUGGCACCGAAGUCGUCAACAGCCUCAACAGACAGCGCAACGCGCUCGAUGCAUUCCUCAAAGCCUGUAUUGGUUUGGAGGGUAGCAGCGACUUGUUGUUAGAGACUAGGAUUUGGUAG